UAUCACAUCUCAUAUCCUAUUCACUCAUCUUCUACAUCAUCCUAAGACUCAGCGCAUCUCCCCCUUACAUUCAACUUCAUUUUCAAAGUCGUCGUCAAGUCACACCGAAAUGCUCUCCGCACCACCAACCCGCGUCGCUAUCGUUGGCGCAGGCCUUGCCGGUCUUGCUCUGGCCAUCUCCCUCCACCGACAAGGAAUCUCCUGCAGUAUCUAUGAACUCCGCGAGCCCUCCGCGAGCACACCAGGAGCUCUGAUGCUCUCCCCCAACGCUUUGCACAUCCUCGACACCUUGGGACUCUACGAUCGACUCCGGCCCCAGGGCUACAACUUCGAGUCCAUCGCCUUCAAGAACCACGACGGUGUUACGACAGACACGUACUACCUCGGCGGGGAGAAGUUGUACAAGUACAAAGCCCUCCGCAUUUAUCGCCAAGUCCUCCUGACCGAACUGCGAGCGGAAGUCAAAAGACUGCAAAUACCCGUCACGUAUGGCGUCAAGUUUAGCCACGUCGUCUCCGAGGAUGACAGCGGUGUCACCUUCGCCUUCGUUGACGGCACGAGCGCAUCUGCGGGUCUUCUCGUCGGCGCCGAUGGCAUCCACUCAACAGUACGCAAACACAUCGCCCCCAGCGUUGUGCCAAAAUACGGAGGCCUAGUCGCCAUAACAUGCGCAAUCCAAAAGUCAACCCUCACAUUCCCUGCCUCCACUUCCCCAGACGAAUACCCCAUGCCCGUCUCCAUCCACAGCAAGAACGGCGCCUUCGUCAUGGCCCCGCAGAACAUCGACGGCUCUGAAGUCCUCGCCGGCACCCAGCGCGCAUGGCCCGAGCAAGACCGCGCAGGCUGGGACGCGCUCCUCGCCAACAAGCCGCAACUCCUCGAGCUAUUCCGCGCCAACAUCCAAGACUGGCCGACCAUCGUGCAGUCAGCGCUUAACAACGUGUCCACCGACACACUGGCUAUCUGGCCCUUCUACGUCGUACCCAAGCUAGAUCGCUGGUUCUCGCCUGCGCACCGCGUCGUCAUCCUCGGCGAUGCUGCGCAUGCUAUUCCCCCCACAGCGGGCCAAGGUGCAUCGCAAGGCUUCGAGGACGCGUUUACGCUGGCUGCUUUGCUGGCUGGGCUGGCUCCGAAGUUGCCGCUGGAUAGGGCACUUACGGUGUGGAAAGAUAUGCGGCAGCAGCGUGUCGAUAGGGUUAUUAACCUCACGUUGCAGUUGAACGCCGUUCGGUUGCCGCAGGCUGAGCGUGAUGCUUUGGCCGCGGAGGGGAAGCUGGUUUGGCAGACGGGGGCGGAUGGCGAGUUGGCGUGGCUGUAUAAUGCGGAUGUGGAGAGGGAAGUGCGGGAUUUUAUUGAGGCUGAGAAGAGGGGGUAGAGUGUAGGACUUGAAUGGAGGGAAAGGGUGGGCUUGCUAUGUUGGAUGGUGUAAUCCUUUCUUUUCUAACAGUCG